UUCACUUCCUGCUUCCUAAUCAUAAAGUUGGGCUAGUAGACCUUCUGUCGCUUGGUAUUUAAACCCAAAAUAAAAAGUCACUGUAAUGACAACUGAGUCCCAAAGUGGUGCUCCGCUGCCCGUUGCUGGAAUAGUGAUAGCAGUAGUAUCAAGUUUCAUCAAUGGGUCGACAUUUGUGCUUCAAAAGAAGGGAAUUUUACGCUCUCGGGACAGAGGAGGGUCGUACCUAACAGAUGUGGUGUGGUGGAGUGGCACAGUGUCCAUGAUUGUUGGUCAAAUUGGGAAUUUCCUGGCGUACAAUGUGGCCCCUGCUGUGAUAGUGACACCUCUAGGAGCCCUAGGAGUUUUAUUUGGGGCUGUGCUGGCUUCUCAGAUCUUGAAGGAGCAUUUAAACAUCCUGGGGAAGCUUGGCUGUGUGUUAUGUUGCUGCGGCUCUGUUAUGCUCAUCAUUCAUGCACCUAAAGCAGAGACUGUAACAACAAGACUGGAAUUAGAGGAGAGGCUUUCAGACCCAGUUUUUGUACUCUAUGCCCUCCUGGUGGUCCUCCUGCUGGUCAUACUAAUUGUGUGGAUUGCUCCAGCAUAUGGCAAAUCAAACGUCAUGGUGUAUGUCGCUAUAUGUUCCCUCUUGGGAAGCUUCACAGUCCCGAGCAGCAAAGGACUUGGCCUGGCAGCACAAGACGUUUUUGGGGAUGCACCCCCGAGCAGCGAUGCUCUGGCUCUCUUCCUCGGCCUCCUGGCGACGCUGGCCGUCAGCAUUCUCAUACAGUUCUUCUUCAUCAACAAGGCCCUGGAGAGUUUCAGUUCCAACAUGUUUGAGGCCAUAUACUAUGUGACGUUCACUUCCACUGUGAUUCUGGCUUCAGCUCUUCUUUUCAAGGAGUGGACCGCUCUCACUAUGAUGGACAGCCUCGCCAUGCUGUGUGGUCUGACAACAGUGUGUGUCGGAGUCGUUUUACUCCGCAUUUCUCAAGAGGCUUUGAUCACUUGGAAGACGAAGACAGACUAAUUUAAAUAUAUUUACAGGACUUUAUACUACUGCUUGAUUACAGUACAGAGUCUACACUUGGUUUGUUCUACACAGACUACAAAGUAAAUGACCAAAGCUUCGGUUUAUUUCAAACUAAUUUCAUUUAACAUUUUACUUGAAUAACUUCACUGUUUCUUGUGAAACAGUUUUUAGUUACUAUGUAACCUACAAAUACAAAUAAUUUAUAAAAAAUAUAAUAAAAUACAUUCCUCUUUUGGCAAAAGUA